AUGGCACAAAACAAGAGAGCUGUUUCUAAGAUUGAAUUCAACAAACGGAUCCGAGAUCUGGUCUCGCGUGAUAGCAACCGACUUCGACAAACGUUUGAAAAGUUUGACAAGGAAUGCGCGACUCGUUUGGCUGAAAUUCAGAGCAUGCAAGAAAAGGUUCGUUAUUCCAUGAGGAAUUUGAAGCAGGAGAAAAUGCAGGCCAAACUCAAUUUAGUGCAUGACACGCAACUAGAGGGAAGCGAGAACGGAUCCCUUACUCAACAAGAAAGUCCAGCGUCUGACAAGAAAGAUCUUAAGUCGGACAACCACAGAAAAUUUAUACCAGAGAUUCCUUUCAACCGUUCAGAUCAUCUCGAAGUCCCAGGAAGUAGUCAAACAAGAACCCGACGACAUUCUGUACCACAUCGCCCCACGUUUCUUCCCGGAAGCCCGAAAGAAAUCCGAGCAUUUCCAAAAACUACCAUGUCAUCUUCACAAACAAAGCAAGCUUAUGCCAAGCCCGCGUCACCAACUGAAACUUCACUAUUAUCCAACUUGUCGAGUUCUCCCAAAGAAUCUUCCAGUGGGACUAGCCAUUAUAAGGUCCGUAACAACCUUUAUCGGCUAUCCAUUUCCGACCUGCCAAUAUCAAAAGCACGGUCCGAUAACCUGUCAAAUAUAAGAGUCAAAUUAAGUCCACAGUCAGGUCGCAGAAGUCAUCAUUCAAAAAACAACUGGGUUAUGGAUAACGACGAGAAAGAAAUCUUUACCCACGAUAACCAAGAUACUAAGAAUCCAAGAAGGAGUAGUCACACACCAAGUCACCUUGGCGUAACCAUGGAAACUGAGUCAAGAAGGGCAUCGGAUCCCCAUAAAGUUCGGCCAAAAUCUCUUGUCAAGAGAACACGAAGUUCUUCGCUUCCUUUCGAGCCAGACAUGGUAAAUAGAGAGGCAAAACCUAAAGAGAUUCAUUAUGGAGUAACAAGGUCUGCCAAGAGUGUCAACCGUCCACUUGAAAGUAAAGCAGUUCCAAUACCUGUUCUCGACAGGAAAGAAAAUGAAGCUGACGCAGGACUUUUUGAGGAACUGCGACACUGCACAUAUUUGAGAAAUAGAACAGAAAAUGAUCCGCCUAAUUCCUGA